CGAAGGGUCUGAUUGGUCCUGGCUACAAUUGGUCCGCCCUCCUCUUGCCAAGGCUGUAUCCUAUUGGUCUCUUCGUCUGUCUAUCAUCCAGCAGAUCCCACCCUCUCCCCACGCACUUUUCCUUUGAAGAAACCUGCGCCCAGUGGCGCCUCUAACUCCAGCAAGAAACACAGGCGCAAUUUACCCGCAACUAGAAUGACACUCCUGUGUGUUAAAGUUAAAAGAGGAAGACUACAUGGACCAUCAGACAAAUUUAAUACUUAUGUGGUUCUGAAGGUUCAAAAUUUGAGAAGCACUACAGUGACCAGGCGAGGAAAUGAACCCUGCUGGGAACAAGAUUACAUGUUUGAAAUAAAUGAUUUAAGGAAGGGCCUUGUUGUUGAAGUAUGGGACAAAGGUUUGAUAUGGGACACACUCCUGGGAACUGCAUGGAUUCCACUCAAAAAAAUUGAACAUGCAAUGGACGAAGGCUUUGGGACUUGGUGGAUUUUGAAUUCUGAAGUUCUUACAAAAGGAGAUGAAAUUUGCGGUGCAAAAAAUCCAACGUCCCAUAAAAUCCUGCUGGAUACCUACUUUGAACUACCUGCUGAAAUCCCAGAGGAUGAAGCUCAAUACUUGAUUGAACGUCUUCGAAGUAUAAAUGCACAACUGGAAACCGAGCAGGAAACCAAUGAAAAUGAUAUCCAUUCAAAAAGUUCUCCUGGUCAGGUCAAGUUAUCGUUACCUGUCCUUGGACGUUCACUCUCAGACAGCGCUCGUGAAGACUUCCAUUGUGACUAUCAAAGCUGCAGUCAUAAUUCACCAACAAAAGCUGGAAAUGGACAGUUGAUGCAUCGUUCUGGGUUAGUGGACUUGUACUCCAAAACCAAAGAAAGACUGUUACCAGUGAGAGAACUAAGAAAGCACGAUGGGAAAGACUCAUUUGAUAGCAGAAGUGAGGGAGAAUCAUUCUCAAGUUGCAGCCGAUUAUCAAGUCAACAACAUUCACUGGAAAGCAAGCCUUCACUAGAGUUAACUAAUGGUGGCUCACUGGAAAGCAGACAGCACCUGUCCACAACCCCCAGUCAUGGCAAUUCCCUGCCAAGUUACUCUGAAGGAAGUGAGAGUGAUGCUGUACAUGACUCUACUGUGGGGAGUGAUUGUGAGUCCCGCUCUACUGUGUACAGCUACCAGCAGAAUUCACAAGGGCAGCCCAGUGACCAAGAGAAUAGCACGUGCUGCAGUCAAUGCAAUUCUAACUGCAGCUGCGCAUCCCAGGACAGUCUGAAAGUGGAGGAGGACCCUGAUGGAUCCUGUAACCAUACACCUGAAAGAGAAGACAACAUGAAAGAAGAAGAGGUCUGUAUGAGGAGCAUUUCAAGAUCAAGAUGGAAAAGAGUCAUUGAAAAACAUCCCAUGUCGGUACCACCCAGAGUGCACAUCUGACUGUAUUAUGCUCAGAAGAUUAUUGAUGAAAACUGGAUAACUGUUGACUGUGUCAAAGUUAAU